AUGCUGUCAAAUAUUACCGGCGACAAAUUAACACUUCACUGGCUCGAUCACUCUAGGUCUCAAAGAAUCUUAUGGUUAUUGGAAUUACUAGGCUUGAAUUAUGAAUUGGAAACCUACUUUAGAGACAAGAAUUACAGAGCUCCAAAGGAAUUGAAAGAUGUCCAUCCGUCAGGGAAAUCCCCAAUUUUAGUUAUUGCUCCAGAAGAUGGGCUGGAAGAAAUUACGCUAGCUGAAAGUGGUAACAUUAUUCAAUAUGUUGUCGAAAAGUAUGAUACCAAAGGAAUCUUGACCCCUGAGAGUGACUAUUACAAAAGACAAGUCAAUUACUUUUUACACUAUUCGGAAGGUACAUUGCAACCUCUUUUGGUGAGUCUUUUAGUAAAUUUUGUUGCGAGAAGUGCUGCCCCUUUUGGUGCCAGGUAUUUAACGAAGCUUGUAACUAAGGGCAUCAAUGACGGAUACUACACUCCUGAGCUCAAGCAAAAUUUACAAUAUUUGGAUGAUUUGUUACAAAAGCAAGGAACCGAAUAUUUUGCGGGCAAUAAAAUAACAGCAGCUGAUAUAAUCUUAAGCUUUCCAAUUAGCGAAAAUCUCUUUUCUAACAAGGAUGCUCAUGAUAGAUUUGGUGGCGACUUGCUGAAAUAUACUUAUCUUUCUAAAUGGUCAGAGAAGAUCAAUAAUGAUCCAGUUUACAAAAAGAUCACCGAACAAAUGCGUUCGAAAUCUAAAAAGCCUAAAGAGACAUCCAAUCUCUAG